AUGGAUGACCUAGAAGUGGAAGUAUGCGGCGAAAACGGUGCUUAUUAUAAGGCUUAUGUCACUGAUGUGUUUGAGAAAGAAGUGUCAGUUGCCUUUGAAAAUGAAUGGCAGGCUGAGUCCAGGUUUACCUUUAACCUGGUGCGGUUACCUCCUCCUAAAGAUGCCCCUAAAACAGAAUUUAAGGAGAAUGAAGAGGUUGAAGUACUUUCCCGAUCAAAUGAUCAUGAGUCAUGUGGAUGGUGGAGAGCUGUCAUUAAGGGAGAUUUUUUAGUUUUGGAAUACCUUGGCUGGGAAACAACUUACACAGAAAUUGUUCCUUCUGACAGGCUAAGGCACAAAAAUACCAAUCCUCCUAUUACAGCACAAACAUUCACCAAGUUUGAAAUAGAAGUUCCAGAAGAGCUGCGGGAAUAUCUUUACGACUGUAGUGCGAAGAAGGAAAAUGUUCAUAAAGAGUUCCAAAAAGCUAUCAAUGCUUCAAUCUGCCGUUAUAUCCCUGAAAGUGGAGUUCUAAGCUUUAUAUCAAGGUGUGAAGGAGCAAAAAAAAGGGCUACAAUGUUGCAAGAAAUGCAUUUUAGGAAUUUGCAUCAAAAACUGUUGCUCUUAAAACGAACAGAAGAAGCUCAAAAACAGCUAGAAUCAACCAAGCUCCAGAACACAGGAGGAUUCUCUGAUGAGUUCUCAGUUAAGGAGGAUUUAAUGGGUCUAGCCAUUGGUGCUCAUGGAGUAAAUAUACAGCAAGCGAGAAAGCUGGAUGGUAUUACCAAUAUUGAAUUGGAAGAGGGUUGCACUUUCAAGAUAUAUGGUGAAUCCAGUGAAGCUGUUAAGAAGGCGAGAACCAUGCUGGAAUAUAGUGAGGAGUCAAUGCAAGUGGAAAGAAGUCUAGUUGGAAAAGUAAUUGGAAAAAAUGGCCGUAUAAUUCAAGAAAUUGUUGAUAAAAGUGGAGUUGUGCGGGUGAAAAUUGAGGGAGAUAAUGAGCCAUCUCCGUCAGUACCUAGAGAAGAAGGUCUGGUUCCAUUCAUGUUUGUUGGGACUCUGGAAUCUAUUACCAAUGCUAAAAUUCUCCUGGAAUACCACCUUGCCCACCUGAAGGUAAUGGAAGAGAAGUACAGUGAGGUUGAUAAGCUGAGACAAAACAAAGAAGCCAUUGAAAGUCAAGUUCGGAACAUGCAGGGAACAAACAUGGGGUCGAUGAUGGGGUUCCCCAUACAAAGGCGUAACGAGAGAGGUUACAAUUCCGAUAUGGAAGUUGGUGGUGGACGAGGGAGGGGAGGUCCUCCUAGAGGACGAGGUGGAAGAGGUAGAGGUGGCCCUGGUAGACACGAUUCCAGGUAUCAAGGUUCCAGACAUCAAACUCCUGACACCGAUGAAAGAGUUAAAGAAGGAGGAAGAGGGUAUGGUGGAGGUGGCCGUGGUGGUGGCGGCAAUUACAUGCAGAGGAGAGAUCGGGGAGACAGAGGGGGCCCUCCAAGGGCGAACAACCCGAGAGUAAGGCACGACGAAGACCAACCACCUCCACAGGACUUCGAAACAGGGGACUCAGCUGCCAUCAACAGUGCGCCUGUAGAAAAUUCCUCAAGCAAAGAAGCUGUGAAUAGUACCGAAGGACCAAAAGGCCCACGCAGGAACAACAGGCAGAAGAGGACCGAGAAGGUGAAGGAGUUGUACAACGGAACGACCUAA